CGCAGACGAUAAGUAAAGCAAUACACAUUAUCCAUUCACCAUCCGGGGAACAGGGUUGUGUCGGCAAUACUGGUGACUUGGACUUUGUUAUAUAUUGAAUGUUUGGACUAUUUCUCUGGAUUACUCAAAACAGAAGAUGGAAUUCUAUACAAGAAUCGCAGUACUAUCUAUUAUUGGUUUAACGGUUAUAAUACAACUACAGAGUACAGGAUUUGUAUCAGCACAACAUGGGCCAAGCACUGCACCUACGACAGCCGAGAUGGAAUUUGAGGCGGAGGAGAUUACCACUACAACAACGGCAAUGCCUUCAACAUCAACAUCAACAAAGGCGCCUUUAACAGCCAAUAAACGACCAGCCGUGAUAGGGGAGCAAUGUCCGACAUACCGUUACACAGUAUCGGAGGACAAAGUCGAGUUCCACACCAUGCCUGGCCAUUGUAAAAUUGUCGUUCAGUUCCCGCCAGCUCGACAAGGAGGACGUUUCGGUUACGCCGCCAAACGAGGACCUCCAAGAGUGCAGUACAUGGCGAAGCUUCCCUGAAACAACCAACUGUACCACAAUCAUCAUUGAAACAAAGACAUGGAGAAGAGGGUCCCAUCGAAAUCCUACCCCGAUGCGCAUGCGUUUGCCAGACCUGUACUUCCGAUUACAACCUUUGAGCCAAUCAUGCAUAUCUGAGUAUAAUAUACAAGUCACAUUGAUUUUGUUUGAGUAAUCUGUUUAUUAUGUACAUAACGUUUUUAUCAUAAAUAAAUGGGGACAUGUUUUAUAACA